AUGAAUCCAUAUGAUUUAAUAAACAUAGAAGUCACAUUAAAUGAUAAUUAUUAUAUUUUAUCAAGAUAUUUAAUAAGUAGAAUGCUUACAUUGAUAUGUAUUGAUAAGUAAAAAGCAUCAUCAAUAGCGAAAACUAUAAAGAAAAAAUUAGUAGAAUUAAAUAUAAGUGAAAUAACUUAGUAAAAAUUAGAGGAAAUUCUUUUUGAAACUAUAAUAUAAUAGAUUAAAUAAAAUCCUUUAAAUGUAAUAUAAACUUAUAAAAUAGUAUCAGAAUUCUAUAGAACAAGAACUCCUUUAAUUAUAUUAAUUUUAGGGGCACCGAAAAUAGGUAAAUCUAGUUUAGCAAACUAACUAGCGGAUAAAUUAAAUAUUUCAAAUGUUUUAUAAACAGACAUUAUAUCAUCAGUAAUGGAUUCUAUGAGUAAAAAUAUUAUUGAAUAAAAUAAUUGGAAUGAUAUUUAGAUUUCUGAUGAUGAAAUGUUAAAAUUAUAUUAAUAAAAAUGUUAUUAAAUAAGAAAAGGUGCAAAUACAGAUAUUUUAAAGUGCCUUACUUAAGGAAAGCCUUUAAUUGUUGAAGGUACAGAAUUAAUACCCUAGCUUUUUAUAAAGAAACGAUAUCAUGUUAAUGGAUUUAAAUAUGAUAUAUAAGAUGAAAAAAUAUAAAAUAUAAAAUAAAAUCUAUAAAAGUUUAUUGAUGGAAAAAUAGAUAAUAAUGAUUUAAAUAUUGAAUAUUAAAUAGGCUCUUAAUAGGAUUUAUUUGAAAUAUAUUAACCAGAUCCAGAAGAACAAGAAAGUUAAAAAGAAAAAGAUAGAAUAAUAUAAGCUUAGAAAUACUAUUAAAAUAUAGAUUAAAGUAAUUAAGGUGUAGUUUUGGCUUUUCAUUUAAUAAUAAAUAAAAAAUAACAUAAGUUUAAUAUAAAAAAUUCAAGUCUAAUUUAAAGUAUUUAAAAUUAAUAAUAAAGAAAAAUAAUGUGUGAAAAAUACUUACAGAAAUAUUAAGCAAUAUAAAAUUAUUUAAUUUAAGAAUUUAAUUUAACAAGAACGAUUCCGAUUGAAAUUAAUUGCCAAUAAUAUACACUAGAUAUCUUAUAGAAAAUAUUAUUAAAUAAAAUUGUUGAAUAAUAUCAUUAUUAAUAAUAAAAGAAGUGA